AUUGCGUCUGCUAUUUUUAAAUACACGUGGAACAAAUUUGACCUUCUUUUGUCAACGAAUGCGAAGAGAGUCAUUUCCGACAUAUUUUGGAGUAAUCAGUUGGCAAUUGCUCAAAGGUGGGCCAAUCAAUGCAAUUACAAACAUGAUGCAUGCAGAGAUAUAGAUAAAUAUCAAGUUGGCCAAAAUAUAGCCCAGUCAUAUUCUUCUGGAGAAAACGAUUUCACUAUGCGAAGUUUUAUUGAAAUGUGGUACGAUGAAGUAGAAAAGUUUGAUGCAAAUAGAGUUAACCAGCCAUUUGAAAUGCAAGUGGAGACAGGUCAUUAUACUCAAAUAGUCUGGGCUGAAACAAGAGACGUUGGUUGCGGAUUUAUAAUGUAUGAUAACCAAAAAAAAUGGAAUACAAGCUCUUUGGUUUGCAAUUACAGUCCAGCUGGGAAUAUAAUAAAUGGGAGAAUAUAUGAAACUGCAAAUUAAGUAAAUUUGACAGAAAUG